ACCACCUAAUUUUCAUCCUAUCCUGCCAUUAAUAUAUAUAUAUAUAUAUAUUUGCUUGCAUUGCAAAUAGGUCUAAACAGCUAGAAUCCCAGUCCUCUCCGAAAAAAGACAAGGCAGGAGGGGUGGACGACCCACAGCUAGCUGUCACCUCGCGCGCAUCCACACCUCGCCUUGUCCUCACCUCUACCGUCUCUCACAAGUUUCUCCACCCCCCCUCUCCCAUUACGUGUCACUUUCUUUUUCGCCUGUCACAUUCAAUUCUAUAUCACCGCCUGUCACCUUUAAAUCAAUAACUUCGUGGCUUCGUUUAGUUUGUUGCUUUUAAUCCUACGGACACGUGAUGUUUGUCCGAACCACCGUCUCCAAACCUGCUGAUCUGUCUUCCGUACCCAAUGUUAGGGAUUCCAUGUAGGCUCGGACAACCGUUUGCCCCGGAUCCCAAAAUCCAAUAAAGAAACGAAACAGUAAGAUUAAAAAAACCAAAUAAAAACGCAAACUAAAAUAAUAAUAAUAAUAAUAAUAAUAAAUUUCAUAGCUUUGUAGUUGCAGAGUAGCAGAGAGAGACUGUGAGAGAGAGAGAGAGUCAUUGCGUUUUCACCUUCUGCGAGAAGCCAAAAUAAUGAAAAAGCAAACGCAUUGAGAACUUGCCAAGAAUAUCACCGAAGAUUCAAGGAUUUUGCUUCUUCUCCAAGCCAAAAAAAAACACCCAAUUACUUUCCCUCUCUCUCUCUCUCUAUCUCUCUUUUUCUCUUUCUAAAUCUUACAGAUUUUGGAUGCUGAUAGUCUCGCCAUUAAAGGCUUCACGGUAUUUCCCACGAGAAAUCGAUCGGUUUCUCAACCUCCCUUCUUAAAGCUCAGACUCUCUUUUCUGCUACUAUAAAAACCACCCCUCCUCUCCCUUUCCCUUUCACUCACCAGCUGCAGUUGAAUAGUUUGACCUCUCUCUCUCUCUCUCUCUCUCUCAUGGCAAAGAAGAAGCAGAGGACUUUGGGUUUCGGAUUGGUUGCAAAAUGGUGCAUCGUCUUCUUCAUCUGUUUGUUUCAAUGCAAUCCCACCGCCUUCGCCAUUCUCGAUCCCAUUGAUUUCUUAGCUCUGCAAUCCAUUCAUAAAGCUCUGGAAGACAUGCCCGGCUCUAAUUUCUUCUCUUCUUGGGAUUUCACUUCCGACCCCUGUAACUUCGCCGGUGUACUCUGCGAUUCCAACAAGGUAAUAUCCCUCAAUCUCGGCGACCCAAGAGCCGGUUCACCCGGUCUUACAGGCCGAAUAGACCCGGCUAUCGGAAAGCUUUCUUCUCUUGCAGAGUUCUCUGUCGUCCCCGGUCGAAUCUACGGUGCUCUGCCACAGUCCAUUUCGCAACUGAAGACCCUCCGAUUCCUCGCCGUUAGCCGGAACUUCAUCAGCGGAGGGAUCCCGGCGACUCUCGGACAAUUACGCAACUUGAGGACACUCGACCUUAGCUAUAACCAGCUCACCGGCGAAAUCCCCAGAUCAGUCGGAACCGUACCGGAGCUAACCAACCUCAUUCUCUGCCACAACCGUCUCUCCGGUUCGAUCCCUCCGUUUCUCUCCCAGUCCCUAACUCGGAUCGACUUGAAGCACAACGGCCUUACAGGCUCGCUCGCGCCGACUUCGCUCCCUUCUUCACUGCAAUACCUCUCCCUCUCAUGGAACCGGCUUUCGGGUCCCGUAGACCGGCUUUUGACCCGGCUGGAUAAGCUAAACUAUCUGGACCUUAGUCUGAACCAGUUCACGGGCACAAUUCCGGGUCGGAUCUUCUCCUUCCCGAUCACCAAUCUCCAAUUGCAGAGAAACCUGUUUUACGGUCCGGUACAACCGGUUGAUCAGGUUACCAUACCCAACGUUGAUCUGAGCUACAACCGGUUGUCCGGUCAAAUCUCGCCUAUGCUCUCGACGGUACAGAAUCUAUACCUGAAUAACAACCGGUUUACGGGUCACGUACCGGCUAGUUUCGUGGACCGGUUAUUGGCGGCCAGUAUACAGAUACUGUAUUUGCAGCAUAAUUUUCUGACGGGGAUUGAGAUCAAUCCGACGGCUGAGAUUCCUUUGAGCAGCUCACUGUGUCUGCAAUAUAAUUGUAUGGUACCGCCCGUUCAGACACCGUGUCCGUUGAAGGCUGGCAAACAGAAGACAAGGCCAACUGCUCAGUGUAACGAGUGGAAGGGUUAAAUCUGGAAAUCCUUAUAAGACGGGGGUAGAAUGGGAAGUUUGAGGGGGAUUUUUUUUUUUUAAUCGUUAUUUAGUAUUUAAUCCUUUUUUUUUUCCUUUGGUGGGAAAAGGGGUUCUCAUUCAUUUAUUUAUUUAUUUCUGUGAAAUUGUGGGUAAUUUUGAUUAUUAAGAAUAAGAUUUUUGUGGAUAGCAAGAAAUAGAGAAAUAGUAUAAUUAGCAAGCUUAAGCUGCUGCUCCAGCCUCGAGAGGAGACAUAGAAUUUUAUGACUGUGGUAAAAAAAAAAAAUGUGAUAAAUAUAUUUUUGGUCAGGAAUUUGUGUGGUGUUGGUUUAUAGAAACUGUGAAAUUGUGGGUAAAUUUCGUUUAUGGUAUGGUUGUUGUUAUUAAUAUGAAUAUAAAAUAUUCAUGUUUUUGUAUAUAUUUACAUUUUA